UCUGCGAACAAGAUCCGGGAGGAAACAGUGGGCAUGCAAGUGCCGUGGGGGCACCGCCGAGGUUGCGCUAUAGAGGCUCGCGGGAGUCCCGAGGGCGGCUCAAGUCAGAGUUGUUGGGCUUCGCUCAGGCUGUUGGGGGAAGACCCAGCCUGUGGGGAGCGGCCACUCCUCCCUGCUGGGGGCUCAGGGCUUCUGCCCAGCUUGUCCGUUAGCUGAGGAGGCGGCCGAGCGGGGCCCCUGGCUGGUCAUCAUGUGGGCCUUCCCGGAGUUGCCAGUGCCGCUGCUGGUGAAUUUGAUCGGCUCGCUGCUGGGAUUUGUGGCCACGGUCACCCUCAUCCCCGCCUUCCGUGGCCACUUCAUCGCCGCGCACCUCUGUGGCCAGGACCUCAACAAAACCGGCCGGCAGCAAAUCCCAGAGUCCCAGGGAGUGAUCAGCGGUGCUGUUUUCCUUAUCAUCCUCUUCUGCUUCAUCCCUUUCCCUUUCCUGAACUGCUUUAUGGAGGAGCGGUGUAAAGCCUUCCCGCACCAUGAAUUUGUGGCCCUGAUAGGUGCGCUCCUUGCCAUCUGCUGCAUGAUUUUCCUGGGCUUUGCGGACGAUGUACUGAAUCUGCGCUGGCGCCAUAAGCUGCUGCUGCCUACAGCUGCCUCAUUACCUCUUCUCAUGGUCUAUUUCACCAACUUUGGCAACACGACCAUUGUGGUGCCCAAGCCUUUCCGGCCGAUUCUUGGCCUCCAUCUGGACUUGGGGAUCCUGUACUAUGUCUACAUGGGGCUGCUGGCAGUGUUCUGUACCAAUGCUAUCAAUAUCCUAGCAGGAAUUAAUGGCCUAGAGGCUGGCCAGUCACUAGUCAUUGCUGCUUCCAUCAUCGUCUUCAAUCUGGUGGAGCUGGAAGGUGAUUAUCGGGAUGAUCAUGUCUUUUCCCUCUACUUCAUGAUACCCUUUUUUUUCACCACCUUGGGAUUGCUCUACCAUAACUGGUACCCGUCACGGGUGUUUGUGGGAGAUACCUUCUGUUACUUUGCUGGCAUGACCUUUGCCGUGGUGGGCAUCUUGGGACACUUCAGCAAGACCAUGCUACUCUUCUUCAUGCCCCAGGUGUUCAACUUCCUCUACUCACUGCCUCAGCUCCUGCAUAUCAUACCCUGCCCUCGCCACCGUAUUCCCAGACUCAAUACCAAGACAGGCAAACUGGAGAUGAGCUAUUCCAAGUUCAAGACCAAGAACCUCUCUUUGUUGGGCACCUUUAUUCUAAAGGUAGCAGACAGUCUCCAGCUAGUGACGGUGCGCCAGAGCGAGCAUGAGGAUGGUGCCUUCACGGAGUGUAACAACAUGACCCUCAUCAACUUGCUCCUUAAGGUCGUCGGGCCCAUGCAUGAGAGAAACCUGACUCUGCUCCUGCUGCUGCUCCAGAUCCUUGGCAGUGCAGUCACCUUCUCCAUUCGGUACCAGCUUGUCCGGCUCUUCUACGAUGUCUGAGUCCCCCGGUCCUUGCCCUUUACUGCACAGUCUGCAGGGUUCCUGACUCAGGCCGACCUCUUUCCUGACCAGGAAUGCCUCCUGGCCCAGGCCUCUCCCACCUCUUAUUCUCCCCCAGAUUUUGUACUUAGUGAUUCCAUUCCGCUGUGAUUAUCGACACCCUGGGCCUGUCUUGCCCUCUACUGACUGUUGAUUGGACUUUGCCACUUCAACUUGCCACUCUCCCUCUCCGUCCCGUCUCGUCUUUGCAGCCUCCUGAGGUGGGAUACUGCCACUUUUAUGCAGUUAUCCACGACUCGGACUCUCGAGGAAUAUGUUGGGCCUGGGGAUAGAGCCCUUGCUGGGGAUAGGGACACAGGCUCGAAAAUCACUUGAUAUUUGACUAUAAAUUAAGUAUUCUGAUUAGUAAGAGCAGACUGGGGGGCCAGGUGCUCCCAGUGGUGACAAUAAAGUGUUGUCUUUUUCUUAUUGUUGUUCCUGUAGGUAUAUCUCCUA